AUGGGCUGUGGGGCGUCGAAAUGGAAGGACCCCGGUGUUGUGCGCCGGGGGAGGCCAAGAAGCGUCGGUGAGGUGGUCGUCUUCCUCCCAGGGCUGAGGGUACCAAGAACCGUAGACUUCUCGCAGUCUCUCGCGGAUCACCUGGACAAGAGCACGGUGGAGAGGCUGUCGGCUCUAAGAGCAACGGUCGUGGCAAUGGCAAUGCAGGAAUCGACCAUGGCCCUCAAGCCGAGGCGAAGGACGACGCGGCACGGAGGGUCUGGCACUGCUAAUCUUCUCCGGGCUUUGGAAGAGUACCUACCAGUUCUGCUAGGACUGGUGAAAGAAAGCAGUGGUCUGAGAAACAAAGUGCAGUUUGUUUGGGCUAACCAAGAGGACGAUGCUGAGGAGACAUCCAUGGCGGAUGCUUGGUAUGAGGUGCUGUCUGUGCUGCACCUUAUGGCCAUGGUGUGCUUCCUGCAGGCCAACUCUCUGCUUCUUCCGAGGUCAUACGGCGACGGCCAUGGGCCGAGGGUGUCUGAAGAGAGCAGGCGAGCCACUGUUGAUGUUUUCUUGAAAGCCGGUGGGUACUUGGAUUGUGCAAUUAAUCAAGUACUUCCGCAGAUACCGCCCGAAAAAAGGUUUAAUUCUUGGUUAUAUCAGUUUAUGAAGCUCAAAGAGCCCAAGUUUAGGAUGACGUCUACUGAAUUCUUUGGUCCUAAUUUCAGAAGGGCACUCCCGGUAGAUCUAGUUGAAGGAAAUCUAAAAGCUCUUAGCUUGCAAGGACUUGGCCAGGGAGUUGAUAUGCAACUUGGAUUGGCAAUUGAUAAUCCAAAGGCCACUUUAGCAGUCAAACGACGUUUAGCUUGCGAGAUGGUCAAAUAUUGGCAGCAGAUUAAGGAUAGCAUACCGGAGCUUCCUUUGUCAGAUGGAUGGGCAAAAAAGCACACACUAUUUGUAAAGUGGAAGUAUGCUGAAGCAAAGGCUGCUGCAUACUACUUCCAUGGGUUGAUUCUUGAUGAGGGAAACACCGAGAAAUCACAGGAGAUGGCAACAUCAUCCCUACAAGCGUCAGAGGAGUUUCUGAAAGAGAGCAAAAGAGCCUCUGAGGUCUUCCAUUCGACUCCUCCGACAUCAAGGAUCUCAACUCCUUUCGGAACAACCAAACAUCUCUUGGACAUGAUCCCACAAGAGACAUUAAGCAAGCUCCAGAAUAACCAGGACCUUAACACCCAAGAAAGAACAUCAAAUACCGGAGUCAGCCGGAUCAUCACACCGCCGCCUCCAUUGCCAGAUUUCCCUUUGGCCCUAAAUCCUGAGGAAUAUGAGCUUCCCCAAUUAGACCCACUGUUGAAGAAGGAAGCUAACCACUAA